AUUACGCUCAAGCUGUUUGUGGCCGCCGCGCGUCGUCGAAUUGAAAGUGCAAAUCCGCGGAGGAGGAAGGAAAAAAAAGCAACGCUCAUCCAGAUUUUCGUGAGUUCCGGCCCCCCCGCGAUGGCCCCCACAAUCCAGAACGGCUCGAACGCGGCCGACAAGCGGGCCGUGGCCCGCCCCCAGGAGAAACGGUCGGAACUGAUUACGCGGGUUAAAUACUGCAACACCCUGCCGGACAUUCCGUUCGAUUUGAAGUUUAUUACGUACCCGUUCGAGAAUGACCGGUUUAUUCAGUACAAGCCGACGUCGUUGGAGCGGAAUUAUCGGUACGAGGUGCUGACGGAGCAUGAUCUGGGGGUGACGAUCGAUUUGAUUAACCGGGAUCUGUACCAGAUUGACCAUUUGGCGGUGCUGGAUCCGGCGGAUGAGAAGCUGCUGGAGGAAGAUAUUCAUACGCCGCAGGAUUCGAUGCGGAGCAGUCGCCAUGCCAAGUCGGUUUCCUGGCUGCGGAAGUCGGAGUACAUUUCGACGGAACAGACCCGGUUCCAGCCGCAGACGAUGGAGAAGGUGGAGGCGAAGGUCGGUUUUAACGUGAAGCAGAGCUUGAGGGAGGAGACGCUGUACAUGGACCGGGAGGCGCAGGUGAAGGCCAUCGAUAAGACGUUCGAGGACAACAAGAAGGAAAUUACGGCGCAUUACAGCAAGCCGGGUGUUGUUCCGGUGGAGGUGCUUCCGGUGUUCCCCGACUUUGCCAACUGGAAGUAUCCGUGCGCGCAGGUCAUUUUCGACUUCGAUCCGGCUCCGAUCGGCAAGAACGUGCCCGCCCAAAUCGAGGAAAUGUCCCAGGCUAUGAUCCGGGGCGUGAUGGACGAAAGUGGCGAACAGUUCGUGGCGUACUUCCUGCCCACGGAAGAGACGCUCGAGAAGCGACGUCGCGAUCUCGUCAACGAAACGCUGUACGAGGAUGAGGAGGAGUACGAGUACAAGAUGGCCCGCGAGUACAACUGGAACGUCAAGAGCAAGGCCUCGAAGGGCUACGAGGAGAACUACUAUCUGGUUCUGCGCCAGGACGGCAUGUACUACAACGAGCUGGAAACGCGCGUCCGGCUGAGCAAACGUCGCCAGAAGGUCGGCCAACCGCCCAACAACACCAAGCUGGUGGUCAAACAUCGUCCGCUGAACGCCCCGGAACAUCGGAUGCAACGCUACCGCGAACGCCAGCUGGAACCACCCGGCGAGGAAGACGAAGAGGACAUCGAGGACGAGGAACCGGAAGAGUCCGAAGAGGAGGAGCAAGAACAACUCCCGGAAAGCCAGGAACCCGAAGGGGAAGACAAGCGCGAGGGCGACGACAACGGCGAAGAUCGCGGCCGAAGCCGCUCCGGAAGUCGCUCGUCCCGCUCGCGCUCCCGGUCUGGCUCCGGAAGUCGCAGCCGCUCCGGCAGUCGUGCCAGCUCGCGUCGCAGCCGCUCGGGAAGUCGCUCAAAGUCCCGGUCUCGCUCGCGGUCGCGCUCCCGCUCCGGGUCCGGUUCGCCGGCCGGAAGUCGCAAGAGCCGAAGCCGCAGUCGCAGCGGUUCGGCGCGGUCGCGCCGCUCCGGGUCCGGAUCGGGGUCGGCCCGCAGCAGGUCGGGCAGUCGGUCCGGGUCGGGCCGAAGCCGGUCGGGCUCGCCGGCAUCCGGCGGGGGAAGCCGGUCGCGCAGCCGCUCGGGAAGUCGUUCCGGCAGCGGGGCUGAAAAGUCGGCCAAAUCCGGCAGCGAGAGCGAGUGAGCGGAAUUGGGGAGGUGCGAUCAUUGUGAAUUGUAAUCUGGACGGAGACGAUUUUUUGACUAAUAAAGUUUAUGGUUCUACGCAA